UCUUUACCUAUUCAAUUCGAUUUUAGAUGGGACACUCAAGGAGAUUUUUCAACGAAAAAUCCUUUGCCUGUAGUCAAGAUCAAGUUGUACUCCGAAGUGAAAAGCAUUGUGGCCUUUGAAGACAAAGAACUUGGAAAGGUCAUCAUCCAACCCACACCGAACUGUUCACGGUCACCGGAAUGGUACGCGAUGACUGUUCCAAAAAACAGUGCCGACCAAAAUUUGAAGAUCAGGAUUGCUAUACGGGUCGAAAAGCCACCUAAUCUCAAAUACUGCGGCUACUGCUACUGUAUAGGUCGACAAGCUUGGAAAAAAUGGAAACGACGGUUUUUCUGCUUAGUUCAGGUGUCCCAAUAUGCUUUUGCGGUAUGCAGUUUCCGACAAAAGAAAUCAGAUCCGACUGAGUUUGUGCAGCUUGACGGGUUUACCAUCGACUAUAUGCCUGAGCCGGACCAAGAACUUGCUGCCCAAGGUGGCAAGCACUUUUUCACAGCGAUCAAAGAGGGAGAUGAAUUGAAGUUUGCCACUGAUGACGAGAAUGAACGGCAUUUGUGGGUUCAGGCUUUAUAUCGUGCUACAGGGCAGGCUUACAAGCCUGUUCCACCAAAACAAUCUACUGUAGCUCCUAAGGCUCAAGGCUUUCAAGAUAAGGCUAGCAAGCACGGUUUGGAUGACAUCAUUCAGGCUGAUCCUAUCGGCUUCAAUCAUGACCAUAUUUUCGCGGAUAUCCAGCGACAAGCUUUGAACUUCCGAAUGAAUGAGCCCAUAUGCUCACUAGGAUGGUUCUCGCCUGGUCAAGUGUUUGUGUUAGAUGAGUACUGUGCUCGAUAUAUGGUUCGUGGAUGCUAUCGCCAUGUUACACUGCUGUCAAAUUUGCUUGACAAAGCAGAUCAAGGACAGCUUAUUGAUCCCACGCUCAUCCACUACUCAUUCGCAUUUUGUGCCAGUCAUGUGCACGGCAACAGACCGGAUGGUGUAGGUACAGUAACGCUAGAAGAAAAAGAGAAGUUCCAGGAGAUUAAAGAACGAUUACGAGUAUUGUUAGAAAAGCAGAUUACUAAUUUUCGAUACUGCUUCCCAUUUGGUCGUCCUGAAGGCGCUUUGAAAGGGACUCUAUCACUUUUAGAAAGGGUAAGUAGUAUGGAGGCUUUUAUUAGGUGGAUCCCUGAAGAUUUCAUUAUUCUAGGUGCUUAUGAAAGAUGUUGUGUCACC